AUGCAGAUUGUUGUAACUCAAAAGUGCGAUGGUCAGAUUGGUGCAAUUCCCGAGAGCUGGCGGAACGAUGCCCUGGAGUUGUUCACCCACGCAAGAAGAUGCUGGAGCUGCGGGUGGUUCUCACAUAAACGAUCCGGUAUUUCUCCAGUUGCGUUGUUGAAACUAAAAUCCAGCAUCUCCAAACUGGUGCAGUUGACGAGCGAGUCGAGCACCCGACCGCCGAGCUUGUGUUUUGGCAGUAGAAGGCUCGUCAACUUGAACGGCGGGCUCUGCUCCAGACAAAAAGCUGUCCCGAAUCGUGGUGAAUCUGUUAGAGCUGAAGUUGAGAAACGCGAGGUUCUGGUGAAUCCCGAGGACUUCACCGGCGAACCCGUUGUAGCUGGCGUCGAGAACUUCGAGAGACGAGAAGGAGUUGAGCGAGAUGUUGAGAUGCUUGAGCUUCGGACAAGACGGCGUCGGCUGGAAGAAGAGCUUUCCGGAGAUGUUGUUAGCCGACACGUCCAGCUCGACCAGCUUCCGACACGCAGCCCCCGACCGGAUCUCGAAAGCGGUGAAAGAGUUCCCGGCCAGCUUGAGCUUCCGGAUGCUGUUGGAGAAGCUGAGCGAUGGGAAAGCCCCGGAGAAGCUGUUGUAAGACAGGUAGAGCUCCCGGAGAUUGGUACAGGCAGUGAGGAGCUCUGGAGGAAUCGCUCCAGCCAGAUCAUUCCCGGACAGGUCCAGCCAUUGCAAGCUCUCACAGCCACCAUCGCCGAAAGACGCUCCAGAGAUCGAGCCACUUAUCUGGUUUUGCGAGAGGUCCAGCCGCCGCAAGCCCGAGCACCUGGUAAGAAACUCGAUUGGAAAACUCCCGCGGAGCUCACUGUUCCUGGAAAUGUUUAGGGACUCGAGCGAGCACGAGUGGAGAGUGAUCCCAGCCAGGGGCUCCGUGAAGUUGCUGGCCGAGACGUUUAGCUGGCGGAGCCGGGGGAGCUCUUCGAUGGUGGAAGCCAGGAGAGAGGCCGGGAGCUCCAAGAACUGGAGGCUCAGGGACGCGACGCGGCCAUGGAGGGAGCAAAGCACGCCUUGCCAUUGGCAAGAGGGCGUGCUCGCGUUCCAGCUCUCGAGGCUCCGCGAUGGAUCGCCCACUCCAUUUUUCAAGGAUAAGAGCGCUCUGGUAUCGCUCGCCGCGGCGAGGAUCGCGAUUCCUAUCAGUUGGAGAAGAAAAGCGUGCACGAGAAAGCCUGCCAUGGUGGAGAAAAAUAAUGGAAAAACAGAAGGCAGAGGUCUACAAAAGAGAACAAAACUAUGAUGGAGAAGAAACUCUUUUACCCCAAUUUCUUUAGCAAAAAGGAAGAACUUUACAUUUAUAGGCGAA